GCAGCAGCAGCAACAGUUGCAACCACAACAACAACAACAAUCAAACAAACAACUUGUUAAACUGUUUCGCGUGGCAGGGAAUGGUAUAUUUCUUGGGGGAUUGGGGCAUGGGAGAUUCUGACUUGUCGUCAUAUCAGCAGCAUGUUCCAAAUAUACAGCAGCAACAACAACAGCGCAUCCAUGGACAACAACAUCAGCAACAACAACAACAACAGCAGCAGCAACAACAGCAGCAGCAGCAACAACAACAGCUGGUUGCACAAAUCUCAACUAGUUUAAGCCUAUUGCAAUCGCAGCUGCAAUUUGCCAGCGGCUCCAGCUUUCUUCAACAGCAGCAGCAGCAACAGCAACAGACACAGCAGCAACAUGUUGCCGGCAGCAAUACCAACAACAGCAGCAGCAGCUUGGUAACCGCCAAUCUACAGCAACUGACUGUCAGCAGCAACACGCCCACCAAGCAGCAGUUGCAGCAGAUUGUUGUUGUUGACUCCACCACUCAUCAUCCCUCCCAGCUAUCCCCAGCAACACUCAAGUUGCACCCAACGUGGCUGCGACAAUGCUCCGAGUCCAAUUCGAACUCGAACUCGAAUUCGCAAUUGACGUCAGAUAGCAAAGCAGCAGCGAAGCAGUCGCAAUCAUCUCAGUCUCAGCAGCUCAGCAUCAAGGAUCAUCUCCUGGACAAUGAGGAUAAUGAGGUCGCCGUUCAUCCACUUUCGAAUCAGGUUGGAGGACAUACGCGCCUGUUGCUGCUCAACCAGUCGACGGUGAUCAAGCCACUGAACUUGCGUGAAUUGGACUUCUAUCAGAACAUUCCGCAGGACGUACAGAAGUUUGUGCCCAAGUACAAAGGCGUUAUGCAAGCAACAUCCAUGGGCGGCGUCAAGCUGGACAAACGCUAUUCGCCCAGUUUUCGGGACGAUGCCGCCGCGGUGCCCGUGCGCAAGAUGAGCGCCUCGAAGCGGAAGCGCGAUGAUGUACUCAGAAUGAAGGUGCAUAAGAACGGAAAUGCGGCCGAUGUUAUCAAGAGCAUUUCGCAACUUGACAACUCCAAUAAGCAAUAUUUCUUGAUGCUCGAGAAUAUCACGUCACAGUUUCGCAAUCCCUGCAUUCUCGACCUGAAGAUGGGCACCCGUCAGCAUGGCGACGAUGCUUCCGCCGAGAAGCGCUCCAAACAGAUGGCCAAAUGCGCUGCCAGCACUUCGGGCUCCCUGGGAGUGCGUCUCUGCGGCAUGCAAACGUAUCAGGCGGAUCUGGAGCAAUAUGCCAAGCGGGACAAGUACUGGGGCCGCGAACUAAACGAGACGGGCUUCAAGACCGCUCUCCAUGACUUCUUCUAUAAUGGUUUCCGUUUGCGCACCCGCGUCAUACGCAAGAUCCUCCAGCGUUUGCUGCAACUACGACGCGUCAUCGAGAAGCAGUCCAGCUACAGAUUUUACUCCUGCUCCUUGCUCAUUGUGUAUGAGGGCUACGAGGAGAAUCCGAUGGCCCAUCCGCGCUUCAUGAUAUCGGAUGAUUGGCUGGAGGCACCAAAAUCCGCCACAGUGCAGUCGACGACAACAGCCGCCUUUGAUUAUCAUCCGGAGAACAGCAUAGACGAGGAUGACAUCGAGGACGAUGAGGCGGGACACGAGGCGGGAGAUGAGCUCGAGCCGCAUGAUACCGACGAAGAUUUGCAACUGAUGGCAGCCGUUGACAGCGGCAACGCCUCGGCCACAAACAGCAGCAAUGGCGCCGAUGGCUGCAACUAUGAUGCGGAUGCCUCGAAUGACUCCAAUUCGCGUUUAAAUCUCGCCACACGUCGCCAUCUGCAUAAGCGUGGCUUUGCGGAGGCUGCGGCACGUGGCGUCAAACAGACCGCAUCUAGUUCCACAACCACCACAGAUGAGGAGGAAGAAGACGACGAGGAGGAGGAUGAGGAGACGGAGGCGGAGCAGUGUCGUGAAUCUGUUAUGCCGCCGCCGCGUACCUGCGGAGUAUUGCCCAACACCACCAAAUCAUCAGCAGCAGCAUCAUCAUCUGCUGGAAUUGGUAGUGGCAAGAACAACAAGAGCGGUGCCAAUGGCAGCGCCACACCUGCAUUCAUUCCAAUUUCCGAAGAGACAGUAUUUCUGGAUCCAGAGCCAACGUUGCCCAGCGUGACAACCUCAUCGCCACAUUCCGGUGACUCCUGGAUGAACUACAGCAGCAACAGCAGCGACGAUUUCUCUGGCCUCUCGGAGCAAAUCAAAGCGGUGGCCAGCGGUCGUCAGACAUGCAACAAUAGCUCCGACGAUGGCAGCUCCGAUUACGAGAGCAGCAUCAUCGGACCCACAGAGGCCAUGUUCAAGCGCUACAAAUCACAGCAAUCUUUCGAUGCGCAAGCUGGUGGAUUGGUAAUGGAGCCCAGCACGCCAUCAUCGCAUACCGGCAACAACUCGAGUGCCACAUUGAAGUCCAUUGUGGUGUCGCCAGCCUCAUCGAGCGCUUCAUCCCUGAAGUCCGUCAAGGGGGCUGUAAAGCGUUUGCGCUGCAAGGACGAUGAUGAACAUUAUGCGGCACACGAUGAUGAUCCACGCGAGGCUAAGAAAUCCACCAUAACAUCCACACCUGUAUCUGCCGUCUCCUCGCCAGCCAAGUUGCAGCGCAGCAAAGUGUCCGCCGCAGUGCAACGCAGCUGCGAGAAUAUUUCCAAUUCGCUGCUAGCUGGCAUCCUAUUGGACUCACUGGAGCGACGUGCCAGUGCCGAGGCGGCAGACAAUAACAAAUGUGUCAACCAAGAUGCCAAGACUCCAAUUGCUGCAACUGCUCGCAACUCGGCGCUGUUGCAUGGCUCCAAGUCGCUGGAUAUGUCCGCGCCGCCCACAGAUGACUCGGCCUGUUUUGUGGAUGUGCGUCUCAUUGAUUUUGCACACACUGCGUUUGUGCCGCGCAACGGCAGCAUGUUGCCAACGCCGGCGGCAGCUGCCCCCGUGCACCAUGGACCCGAUGGCGGUUUUCUCACUGGCCUCGAUAGCCUUAAUCGCCUGCUCAACGAGAUUCUCGCCGAGGAGAGCAUCUAAGCAGCGUCUCGGUUCGGUUAUUAAGUUAAAAGCAAAAACAAAAACAAAAAAAAGUACAAUUUGAUUUCGGAAUACCUAAAUUGUUGUAGCAACAUGUGUUAAAUUAUUAAAACUAAUCUUUAGAAAUUCGAAAUGUGAUUCAGCAAAACAGAAAGAAAACAAACAAAAAAACAAAUAACACAAAAAAAGCAACAAUAUUUAAACAGAUAAACCAACAAAAAAAAAAGAAAAACAAAAUAUGAUGGAUAUAUAAAGGCAACACUUUUAAAAAGAAACACAGCAAACUAAAACCUUUGUAGAGCUGACAAUUUUUCUUAAUUGAUUUAGAGACAUUUCCAAAAACAAAACAAACAAAAAUGGAAAAAUUGUGAACUUUGCUUCUUCCAAAACGUAGUUACAAGUUACAAAAAUUGAAUUGAAUUGAGAUAUUGAUAUAUUGUUCAAGCUUCUGCAUUUCCAAGCGCUGAAACAAAUUCGAACUUUGUGAGAAAUGUGUUACGAAUAUAUUAAAAAUGAAAAACAAAAACAACUAUAUACUAUAUAAAUGUAUAUGUAUAUGUAUUGUAUUUUAAAACGAUUAACUGGCAUGCGAGUCAUGCGUUUUUAUACCUAGCUAUAUUAUUACAAUACAUACAAAUGCAAAUGACAAAGCAUCAAAGCGUAAGAAACAGUAUUUUGUUAUAAUUAUUUGUUCUUAUUUUGCUUUAAAUCAUCGUUUCCUUUCUAAUUGUAGCAAUCGCAGUUCAAUCUGUGUGUAAAACUGUGAGAAGAGAGCAAGCAAGAAAACGCUAUUAACAUAAAUCCUAACAACAUAUAAUUGUAUAUUACUAUUACUUAUUGUAUAACUAGAAAAUUAAAUGGAUACAAAAAACAGAAAAACAAAAUACAAAAAACAAACAGAAACAGAAAUAAACAAUGUAUAUUUUCACUUAAGCACGUUUAAAAAUUACAAAUGUUCUACUGAUUGCAAAAUAAAUCUAAAGUAUCAAUAAAUAUGACAACAAAA